UCCUUAAUCCUGGCAGGUCAGCUGACCAAUGUCGUGACAGUUUUUUCCUCGCUCCACUGCUUGGUAGGGUAUUCCGAGGAUUGUCGUUCAGUUCAUGCUAAUACAGAUUGCUAACACAGAGAAUGGAUUUUUCCAAGCUGCCUAAGAUCCGAGAUGAGGACCGUGAGGGUCAGUUCGGAUAUGUGCAUGGAGUUUCAGGCCCAGUGGUGACGGCCUCUAGCAUGGCAGGUGCGGCUAUGUAUGAACUGGUGCGUGUGGGCCACAGUGAGCUGGUACAGGGACCUCAAGUGGGAGUUCUCUCCUUUUCAGAACCUGAGGGUUGGAAGUCACAUUACAGGAGGUGAUAUCUAUGGAUUGGUUUAUGAGAACUCUCUCAUCAAACACAAGAUCAUGCUGCCCCCUCGCAGCAGGGGAACAGUCACCUACCUCGCUCCGCCAGGAAAUUAUGACGUCUCUGAUGUGGUGCUGGAACUGGAGUUUGAAGGAGUAAAGGAGAAGUUCACCAUGGUGCAGGUGUGGCCUGUGCGACAGGUGAGGCCUGUUACUGAGAAGCUACCUGCAAAUCACCCCCUGCUGACUGGACAACGAGUACUGGACGCCCUCUUUCCUUGUGUCCAAGGAGGGACCACAGCCAUUCCAGGAGCCUUCGGCUGUGGUAAGACCGUGAUCUCUCAGUCUCUCUCCAAGUACUCCAACAGUGAUGUCAUCAUUUACGUGGGUUGUGGAGAGCGUGGAAACGAGAUGUCUGAAGUAUUAAGAGACUUUCCGGAGCUAACUAUGGAGGUGGAUGGCAAGGUGGAGAGCAUUAUGAAGAGAACAGCACUGGUGGCCAACACCUCAAACAUGCCUGUGGCUGCCAGAGAAGCCUCCAUCUACACCGGUAUCACAUUGUCUGAGUACUUCAGAGACAUGGGCUAUAACGUCAGCAUGAUGGCUGACUCCACCUCUCGUUGGGCUGAGGCUCUUAGGGAGAUCUCUGGACGAUUGGCUGAGAUGCCUGCUGACAGUGGGUAUCCCGCAUACCUUGGAGCCCGUCUGGCAUCAUUCUAUGAGAGAGCAGGUCGAGUAAAGUGCCUGGGUAACCCAGAGAGAGAGGGAAGCGUCAGCAUUGUGGGAGCUGUGUCUCCCCCUGGUGGUGACUUCUCAGAUCCUGUGACUUCUGCCACUCUUGGUAUUGUGCAGGUGUUCUGGGGUCUAGAUAAGAAGCUUGCCCAGAGGAAACACUUCCCUUCUGUUAACUGGCUGAUCAGUUACAGUAAAUACACACGAGCGCUGGAUGAGUACUAUGACAAACACUUCCCAGAGUUUGUGCCGCUUCGUACCAAAGCUAAAGAGAUUCUGCAGGAGGAGGAGGACCUGGCUGAGAUUGUGCAACUUGUUGGAAAGGCCUCCCUGGCUGAGACCGAUAAAAUCACUCUGGAGGUGGCCAAACUCAUUAAAGAUGACUUCCUGCAGCAGAACGGCUACACUCCCUAUGACAGGUUCUGUCCCUUCUAUAAGACAGUGGGGAUCCUGUCCAAUAUGAUAGCUUUUUAUGACCUGGCCCGGCAUGCUGUCGAGACCACAGCGCAGAGCGAUAACAAGAUCACCUGGGCCCAGAUCCGUGAGCACAUGGGAGAAAUUCUUUAUCGCAUCAGCUCCAUGAAGUUUAAGGAUCCAGUCAAAGAGGGUGAAGCAAAGAUCAAAGCUGACUACGCUCAGCUGCUGGAAGACAUGCAGAAUUCUUUCCGCACUCUCGAGGACUAAAAGCAACCUUUGACCUCACACGUGUCCCAGCUCUCUCCUCCCCUGUGCUGUGCUGUGCAUUUCCCAGUGCUCUCUUGUGCAUGUGUACCUCUCGUCUGAAUAUACGCUGAAACUGAACGAGACGAAUGAAAGUCAGAGCUAGUAGCCAUCGCUAAUCUGAACACGGUCUUUAGAAACGUAAAAAGAGUGUGUGUUCUCACUCUAUAACUACAACUGUUGCUUGGUGUUUGAACUAUAAGAUCGUAUUUUAGCAUCUUAAGCAAAUGCCUCUGUGAUCUCUCUGUGCUGAGACUCAACACUUGAAGCACAAAAACAGCAAACAUUCAUCUUCUCUUUUUCUCACCACCUGCUUUCCCACGAGUCCUCGCUGCAUGUGGGAAAGCGCAGGGGAGCACAGUGUUUAUUCCCAUCUCAGUUUUUUUUCUCUGUGACCAAUAGAAAUGUGUUAUAUAAUAAUGGGAACAAUGGAAGUCAGAAAGGGAUCAUUGAGGCUUCCCUUAUUUAUUUGAAUCUUGUUUUGUCUCAAUGUGAUUUCUGCUCUAUGUGUGUUCCUUUGAUCGUUUCUCAUAUUCAUGUGAGUGAGUGUGAGUGAGUGAGUGAGUGUGCAUGGGUGUGUGGGUAGAGUAUUGUGGCUUCUGUAGUGGUACAUUACUACAUUUAUUGUGUGUGGUGUUGUGUGUUCAGUUCCAAAGAAUUAAACUAUAGGAAACUGUUUGAAUGACUCUGCUUUAUAAC